GCAACGCAGACAACUUCUUCCCUUGAGGCGAUGCAGACGACUUGCACCCUUGAGGGCCAAAGCACUUUGUCCGACGCGACCUCGACAGGAGCUAAGUCUCCGGAAGAGGAGAAACCGAAAGAGAGCGUGACGAAGGAGGUUGAUCCAAAGAUUCAGCAGCUGCAAACGGAGAACAUCCAGAUGAGAGUGCAGCUAGAAAGACUCUGGAUCAUGAUUGAGGAGGCUGAGAAGAAGGGUGAAGACCAAGUUUGUUGGAAACUGUGA